CCACCUUCAACGAGCGACACAGUUGCGGUGCGACGGUGCUACAUAUCCUCUACUAAACACCGGCCUAUCUCCCAUUCCAUCCCAGUCCUAUUUCAAGUUGCCACUAGCCAUCACCAUCAAAAUGGCGCCCCAGAACGUCAACAUCCUCCUGUCGUCCUUCCCGGGUCUGUCGCUACCCCCGACAGUCUCAUUCUCGCUUCCGUCCUCGUCGAGCAUCUCUGAGCUCACGGAAAAGGUCACCUCAUUCCUCCCCUCCUCUGUGUCGUUGGAUUCCCUCGUCCUGACCACCACCAACAACAAACAACUCCUCCCCUCACCCGAACUUCUCCUAUCCUACCUCGCCGGCGACUCCGCGCCCACCUCAAUCCUCCCCCUCCGCCUCAGCGCCCCACUAUGCGGUGGAAAGGGUGGUUUCGGAUCCCAGCUUCGUGCCGCCGGUGGCCGCAUGUCCAGUAAGCGCAAGCGCAACCAAGGCGACGACAACGGCUCCAGCCGCAAUCUCGAUGGGCGGCGUCUUCGCACCGUCAACGAAGCCAAGGCGCUGGCCGAGUACCUUGCGCUCAAGCCGGAGAUGGACAAGAAGGAGAAAGAGGAGCGCCGGCGCAGGUGGCAGGCUGUCGUUGAUGCGGCGGAGAAGCGCCAGGAAGAGCUGAAGAACGGCGGCGGGAAGCAGAAGAUCGAUGGGCAGUGGAUGGAGGAUAAGGAGGAGAUGAACGAGAAGGCGAGAGAGGCGGUCCUCAUGGCCAUGAAGGAUGGUAUGUGGACGGAUAACCUGCACGAGACUAUCUUGGGUGGGUCGAGUACGAGUGCCAGUGAAGGUAGUGGCCAAGACACUCCGUCUGCGUCUGCCUCGGAGGAAAGCGAUGAUGAGCAGGAGAUGGAGGAUGCGCCGGGCCCGUCGCAACCGGCUCGCAGUGUUGCGCCCAGGCGGUAUGUUGGGUUCGAUGAAGAUGAUGAAUUCAUGAGCGAUUCUGAUGAGGAGGAGGAUGAGUCGGCCGAUGAUACCAAGGGCAAAGGGAAGGCAAGGGCGUGAGCCAUGUUAAGGUUGUGUUGUUUAUGCGUUUACGGAGUAUGGUUCAUGCAUCCUUCGGGUUCUUUCAUGCUCUUCAGUCGUUCGGUCAUUUACAUGCAGGGUCUGCGGAUCGCGGGAGUUUUCAGCUUUAGUAUUAGCGUACAGUUUUGUUUGAAAUACAUAAUGACCCUUCC